AUGGAAUGUUUAUUUUCUGCUUACGUUCGCGUCACUCGGAAUCUGGACGAUGCCGAUGGCUUACUCGCGAUCUUUCAAGAAUUUGAAAACAACCCCUCGGCUAUCAGCGCGGAGGAUCGCGCUAGGCUUCUCGACUUUCCUGAUCUUCCAACCCAACUGGCAAACAUCACUGCCAUUGCUCCCACAAUCUCGAAUAAGCAGGAUUUCUUAAAGAAGGCGGUUGAGUCUCCUAGAGAUCUAAGUGAUCCUGAAAUUGAUUUGUUACUCAAACGCUACUGGAAAUCGCUUACCUUCGGCGAACAACUCGCAUUCGAAAAUGCUCUAGAUACAUUGACCGAUUCGCACCGCACAGAAACCUUACAACGCCUGCAAAAAUUCCAAAACCAUCUCUAUGAGCAAUGUGAAGCCAAGGCAUUCGAAAAUGCGUCUGAUGCGCAAGAGCGACAAUUUCAAGCAAUGGAAGAAGCCAUGGAACAAGAAGAACAAGAGGAAUUGGAGAAAAUGCUGCAACAUGGGCAGCCAUGGCUACGUCAACUAUGGCAAGAGGAUGAGUGUAAAAAGCCAUGGGGCUAUGCAAUGUUCGAGAACCCCUAUUGCAAGGCAAAGAAUCCUGAUCGUUGGGAGUCCUAUGGUCUAAAGACGUCGGGUUCAAUGCAUUGGGCUUUUAUCUCGAUCGGGUCCAGUAGCACAGUCCAAUCGAGAUAUGUGGUUGAGGAAUUAGAUUGGCCUUCUGGAACGCCUACCCUAAGUGAAGACGGAAGCUUUCCUGUAAUUCUAAGGGAAUUACGAAAGCAUUUCAACUAUCUCCGAUCAUUCCCUCCUAAAAAGGAAAUUCCGGACCUGAGAGACGAUCUGGAAGCGGGGAAUAUUGAUUAUAUGCCAGAGGGUCUCACAGUAGGAACUCUGCGGAAUGUUUUUCUAUAUGUUGAUACCAAUGCUGCAGCCUCUGUUCUAGAUGGCCAUUUCGCGAACAAUUUCUGGAUCUGGGCCGUCGAUCCAGACUGGGUGGCAGACACUGAGAACGAAAGCCAAGUCUCCAGCGGAUACCAAGGCUAUCUACGCGUUCGUCUUCAGCAGCUUAUUCACAAUUUUUACGUUGCCCGCCGUUGGCAUGCUGAUGAAGUCUCCUUGGAAGACUUGUGGAAGGUGGCGCAGAAGGACCCCCACAAUGGCUCUUUUGUUUCAAUGGACAUUGAUGAGAUAUUUGCCUGGGACCCCUCAAAUUGGCAAGUUGCAAACGCUCUUUUUCCAAGGAAAGCGAGGCAGUGA